AUGUGUGAUGCAUCAGACCUUGCUAUUGGGGCAGUGUUAGGACAAAGGAAAGACAAUUUGGUACAUGUGAUUUAUUAUGCCAGUAAGGUCUUGAAUGAUAACCAAAGGAAUUACACAACCACUGAAAAAGAACUCUUGGCAAUAGUCUUUGCAUUUGACAAAUUUAGAUCAUAUCUCAUUGGGUCUAAAGUCAUUGUCUUCACUGAUCAUUCAGCUUUAAAAUACUUACUUGCUAAACGAGAAUCCAAACCAAGACUUAUUAGAUGGGUUCUUUUGUUGCAGGAAUUUGACAUUGAAAUCAAAGACAAGAAGGGUGUAGAGAACAAGGUGGCAGACCAUUUAUCAAGGAUACCAUGUGAAGAAGGAAGCACACAAAGCACACAUAUAAAUGAGUGCUUUCCUGAUGAACAACUCAUGGUAAUUCACAAAGCACCCUGGUUUGUAGACAUAGCAAACUUCAAGGCCACUGGGAGUUUGCCGUUGGAAUUUAACAAGCAUCAAAGGAAGAAAUUGGUAAAUGAUGCCAAAUACUUCAUCUGGGAUGAACCAUACUUGUUCAAAAAAUGUUCGGAUGGCAUACUAAGAAGAUGCAUAUCAGAGGAAGAAGGAAGGGAAGUCUUAUGGGACUGCCAUGGCUCCACUUAUGGAGGACAUUUUGCAAGAGAAAGAACAGCAGCUAAGGUGUUGCAGUGUGAUUUCAUGGGACCCUUUCCCACCUCAUACUCAAAUAAUUACAUUCUUGUGGCAGUAGACUAUGUCUCCAAAUGGGUCGAAGCAAUAGCAACUCCAACCAAUGAUAAUAAGGUGGUCAUGAACUUCCUCAGAAAACACAUUUUUUGCCGUUUUGGGGUUCCAGGAGCAAUCAUCAGUGAUGGAGGAAGCCACUUCUGCAACAAACCAUUAGAGGCAUUGCUUCUAAAAUAUGGAGUCAAACAUAAG